AGCAGCAGUAGUAGUCGUAGUAGAUAUCAAGAGCAUAAGCAGCAGCAAGAAAAAAUUAAAAGAUGGAGAGUUCGGUCGUCGCUAAAUGUUGUCGAGUUUAGAAACAAAAUGUUUGUGUAAUUUUCGCGAAAAAGACCUCUGUCUCGAACGAUCCCGUUGCCAAUUCUAAGUGAAUGAAAUGUCAACAGGCAAGCCGACUGUGGAACUGCACGUCAGUGGAAAUUUAAGUUUAAAGUGUUGAAGAUCAGAAUGGAAGAUUGCGAUUAAAACAGCGAUCAAAAUGUGCUAUCCGUCGUGAAGUGUUGUUGAUACAAACGUCUAAAAAGUGGAAUGUUAAGCGAAGAAGCUGCUUGGAGGAACCCUCCAUUGUUCCUUUCGGUUGCUAGUCGUCGUCGUGGGAUGUAUUUGUGUUUGCCUUCUGUCGCCGCUGCUGCUAAACAUCUGCACUAACGACGACGACUGAGUGGUUUUGUUUUAAGGAGCUCCUCCCCGAACCAAGAUAACAACGAAAAAAUCAGGAGUACAAACUGCUGUCUGUAAUAUGUUCGUUAAGAGCAUCACGGAUGCGACAGAUUACGACUUUGAGAAAGCGGAAAAUGCAGCCAAAUGGAAAGGAGUUUUCAUAACAUCCCUGAGAAAGGUCCUAGAGCAAGUGCAUCCCUCGUUGCAAGCCCGCGAGGAUGCGUUGCUCUACGUCGAAAGCCUAUGCCUGCGAUUAUUAGCGAUGCUGUGUGCAAAGCCACCUCCAAAAACUGUAUUGGACGUCGAAGAGAGAAUUGUACGUACCUUUCCCACGCCCAUCGACAAAUGGGCCCUAGACGAAGCGAGUGAAACAAUAGACAAGUCUAAAAAGAAGAAACCGGUGCUUCCGGUUGAUCGAGUGCAUACACUGUUGCAAAAGGAGGUGCUGCAGUACAAGAUCGACAGUUCCGUUUCGUUGUUCCUGGUUGGCGUGUUGGAGUACAUUUCCGUUGAUAUACUGAAGCUAGCAGGAAAUUAUGUCAAGAACAUACGCCACAUCGAGAUAUCCCGGGAGGAUAUCGAAGUCGCCAUGUGCGCUGACAAGGCGCUCAUGGACAUGUUCUAUCAAGGCGAUAAUUCGAGCUCGAUGGAACCGAGCCCAUUACCACCCACCCCUCGUACCAGCCUUAGCUACGAGGAAGUGGUCAAGGAGCUUAUACACGACGAGAAGCAGUACCAGCGUGAUCUGCACAUGAUCAUACGGGUGUUUCGCGAAGAGCUUGUAAAAAUAGUGACGGAUCCCAAGGAACUUGAUGCAAUCUUUUCCAACAUUAUGGAUAUCUAUGAGGUAUCGGUGACGCUGCUGGGAUCGUUGGAGGAUGUGAUUGAGAUGUCACAGGAACAGACUCCGCCCUGUAUCGGUAGUUGCUUUGAAGAACUAGCAGAAGCGGCAGAGUUCGAUGUGUAUGCCAAAUACGCAAAAGAUAUUACUUCGGUUCAGGCAAAAGAAGCCUUAGCCAAUUUACUGUCUAGGCCUGAGGCAAACUCGUUGAUGUCAGCUGGCCAUGGUUUCAGGGAGGCGGUCAAGUUCUACCUACCAAAAUUACUUUUAGGGCCUAUUGGGCAUGCACAGUUGUAUAUAGAUUAUAUUAAAGUUUUACUACCGCUUAGUCCCUCGCAAGAGGACAAGGAGAGCUUCGAGCAGGUUCAGGGCUUGCUGAAACCACUGCAAUGCGAGUUGCAAAGCAUAUUCUCGCUGCUGCCUAAGGAAUAUUUUGCUAGGGUAAAUAGUCGAGCUCGACGUCAGUCGGCAAUCGAAAAAACACGUGAUCUACAAAACAGUGUAGAACACUGGGACAAGGACGUAGGUCAGUGCUGUAACGAGUUCAUCCGGGAGGACACACUUGCUAAACUUAGUUCCGGCAAGCGCCAUACCGAACGAAAAGUGUUUCUUUUUGAUGGCUUGCUUGUGCUGUGUAAAACACGUAGACAAAUAGUCCCCGGUAACAACUACGAUUACCGGUUGAAAGAACGUUUCUUCAUGCGUAAGGUGGAGAUCAUCGAUCGACCAGAUACCGAUGAGCUGAAGUAUGCGUUCGAGAUUUCUCCCCGAGAGCCGAGUAGCGUUGUACUUAUGGCCAAGACUGCACAGCACAAAAACGACUGGAUGGCAGAUUUGGUAAUGCUAAACACGAAGUCUAUGCUGGAGCGCAUUUUAGACAGUAUUUUACUAGACAUCGAAAAGAAACAUCCACUAAAACUACCUAGUCCGGACAUUUAUGCAUUUGCGGUUCCUGAUUCUCCCUCCAACAUAGUUUUGGAGGAACGAGAGGGCACGGGGGUCCCACUAAUUAAGGGCGCCACGCUAACAAAAUUGAUCGAACGAUUAACAUACCAUAUUUACGCUGAUCCCAUGUUCGUAAGGACCUUUCUGACUACGUAUCGAUCAUUUUGUUCGCCCAAAGAGCUUCUGAUGUUGUUAGUGGAACGUUUCGACAUCCCGGAUCCGGUUCUGGUGUACGACAGUACGAACGACAAAGAUCUCUGUUCAGACACGGACAAGUUUCACAAAAACUCCCAGCGCGAAGACUGGAAACGAUACAAAAAAGAGUACGUGCAGCCGGUUCAGUUCCGUGUACUAAACGUGCUGCGGCAUUGGGUAGACCAUCAUUUCUAUGACUUCGAGCGGGAUUCGGAGCUGCUGGAGGAGUUGCUUAAAUUUCUGGAUACAGUGCGAGGCAAGUCGAUGCGCAAGUGGGUGGAUUCGGUGUUGAAAAUUGUACAGCGAAAGAACGAAAGCGAGGACAAUCAUCGGCAGAUAACGUUUGCCUUUGGCCAUAGUCCACCAGCGAUAGAACACCAUCUACCACUGAACAACGAGAACGAAUUUAUACUGCUGAUGCUGCAUCCACUUGAAUUAGCCCGCCAGUUGACGUUAUUGGAGUUUGAAAUGUAUAAAAACGUAAAGCCAUCAGAACUGGUCGGUUCUGUGUGGACAGGAAAAGAUAAAGAAACUACUAGUCCUAACUUAUUAAAAAUUAUGCACCACACUACAAAUUUUACCCGUUGGAUCGAGAAGUCGAUCAUUGAAGCGGAAAAUUUCGAGGAGCGUGUGGCGAUGGCAUCUCGUGCAAUAGAGGUAAUGAUGGUGCUGCAGGAUUUGAACAACUUCAACGGUGUGUUGUCGAUUAGUUCGGCCUUCCAGGGAGCCGCUGUGCAUCGGCUUAAACUAACACUGGAAGAAAUUACCAAAAGCUACCAGCGCGUUCUGGCCGACUGUCGGGAGCUGAACAAUUGUCACUUCAAAAAGUAUCAGGAAAAGCUGCGUUCAAUAAAUCCACCUUGUGUGCCAUUUUUUGGAAUGUAUUUAACCAAUAUUUUACAUAUAGAGGAAGGAAAUCCGGAUUUUUUACCAAAUACGGUACUGAUAAACUUCUCUAAGAGAAGGCGUGUAGCUGAAAUUACUGGUGAAAUACAGCAAUAUCAAAAUCAACCAUACUGCUUAAAAGUGGAUCCUAGCAUUAGGCAUUUUCUAGAAAAUUUAGCUCCCUUUAAAGAAAUGAGUGUAACUGAGAUUCAAAACUACCUGUAUGAGGAGAGUAAACGAAUAGAGCCGAAAAAUUGUCGCCAGCCAUUAAAAUUCCCCCGCAAAUGGCCAGACAUCUCACUAAAGUCGCCCGGUAUCAAACCAUCCUCUAGACGUAACAUAGGUUCGGCAAACUCGUCUAUGACAUUGCCGUUCGGUAAGUCUUCGCUGCAGAACAAUAAUGACGCCGGCGGAGAGCAAUCACCUCCAGCCAACUCAUCGGCAUCCUCUGUGCUUGACUUUGCGAUAUUUGCGCCAGUCAACCUAAACUCUUCAUCGUCCAGUUCAUCACAGCAUUACCCGUACCAGUACCAGCAUCAGCCACAGCAAUAUCAGCAUCACAGUUCGCAAGGAUCGAUGCAACAUUACCAGGGUCAUCAGUACAGCUUUUCUCAAUCUGUUGCUAAUCUGACAUCUACAUCGGAUCAGCAAAUGGCACCGGAAAUCCCGCGACGUUCCGAUAGUAUUAUCCUGCCUUCUUCCCAGGCACAGUACAGCCUAAACAAUAGUAGCUUGUCAGAAUCUAGUAGCAACCCCUGUGGUAGUGGUGUCAGUAAAAUGAUCCCAAGUCCCCGCUACCCGUCAUCUUCGUUGGGCGCCUUGUCGUCAUCCACAUCCGGCGUUGGUGGCUCGACGAUGUUCGGCAUACUUAGCGCUUCGAGCAGUGAUGGUAACAGCAACAAUAAUCCUACCGCUAGCUUUAAACACACGCAAAUGCUUAGUCAAAACAAAGCAGUAACCAGAACGAAUGCUGAAGAAUUAUCUAAUUCAAUUAUUUCAGCGUCCGGUCUAGGGGUAGGAGGGAACUUCAGUCUGAGCAGUUCAGCUGCAACCAACGCCGCAAGUAUGGUAUCGCUUAGCGAUGGUCCAGCGGCGCCUCCGCCUCCGUUACCUCCGUUGGCUUCUGCGGUUGUUUCAUCGUCGUCGUCGAUGUCAUCAUCAUCCGCCAGCUCAUCGUCGACGGUGGCAGCUGCCGACAUUCCUCCUGCGAUUAGUCCACGCACUGAUAGACCAGCGCAACAUCCGCUAGUACCACCACCGUUACGAACCCACGGAGGUGGAACUGAUUUUUGCUACAAUAUUCCCGGACUACCGAACUGUACAUCACCACAAGCAACUAGUAGUAGUAGCAGUAGCUUUAGGAUUAAUUCAUCCAACACUUUAAGAAACCAAAACUGUGAUUUCAUCUCCGCGAGUACCGCCCUCAAUCGCUCUUCCUGUGAAAACUCCCCGAUCUAUCCGUCGAGUCCGAAGAUGUACCCGGCGGGAGCGGUCGGCGGAAUGGGUGUGGCCACAUCGGAUUUUAACAGCAUUUCGCCCUCCACAUCGUUCUCAUCAUCGCUGUAUCAGCCUUCAUUCAACACCUCUUCGACGACGGCCGAUUCGAUGAUUCUUAGUACAACGGCGGCGAGUAGCGAUUUCGGUCCGAUUCCUAUCUCACCGCACGUAAACGUACCAAAUGCACACAAUAUUCCUCCUACCAUGCCACCUCCUAUACCUCCUAGAGUUAAACGAAAAGAGACCUCCGGGGAGUCGUUACAGUCAUCGCAGAUACGACAAGCGCCGGACGCACCCAAGCUUCCCCCGAGAGACAUUAGUCCGCCGCCGUUACCGCCACGUAGUCAUAUCCAAUCCCACUAUCUGUAUGGCAACUUACAACAACAGCAACAGUACGGUUAUGGCAGUACAAGCUGCGACGGAUGGAAAUUAUCAAAUUCGUUUUCGAAGGACGACUCUCCGUCGUCAUCAUCCUCAUCGUCAACACUCACACGGGAUAACCUAAAUCAACACAACCAGCAGAACACAAGCGGUCAGCGACUCUUGAUGUUACCCCAUACCAGUACCAUAAUGAUGCGACGUAAUUCGGCCAUGGAUCGAACAUCCAAGGAGAACGUUCCUAAUAUAGCCACAUCACCUUCGCUUUCCGGGUUGGUCAGCGGUGCAACUGGAGGCGGUUCUAAUUCGGCUGGUGCAGUCAGCCUAUCCCCCGCCACGGCCCCGGCUGUCGGAGUCAAAAACAAGUCUGUACAAAACUCCCCCGUUUCGCAACAACCGAUUGUGUGCGGACGACGACCUAGUUCGAAUGUUUCGCCUCGUUUUUCACCCGGAGAAACUACACCCAAAUUACCUCCGAAGCCAAAGCAAACAGAUCGGACUAUGUUCCCCUAUCCCAGCACGAACUGACCAAGCGGAAAUGGUUGCGGGCGACACUUUUUACGAUAAGCAUGAAUAAUACUGGCAAAGUUCACUGUAUGCAUCGGACAGAGCGAUCAUCGAUGGAAACUACGUUCCGAGGAGCUGGCCUGGUUUUUGUCUGGUGUUUUUUAGCAUUUCGUUUUUAUUUUUUUUACAACCGCUCGAAAAACUUAUAUAAGCUUUCUCGAUUUUGACCAUGCAUAAUUUUAUGUUGUUUUAAUCACUGUAUGUUUUAGGGAGACACUCGAAUGGAGGAAAGUAUACAAAAUGAAAAAGUGCCAUAGCUAGAAGUUAGAAUCAGAAAAUUUGUUCAGAUAACAUACUUUUGUAUAAAGCUUGAUUGCAUUCUCAAACUUGGAUUAAAUUUUCUCGCUCAUAUGAGGCCAUCCGCUAUAACUACCUAGAAUACAACUGUGUCGUGUUCCUAUAAUUACUUAAACACAACAAUAUGUAUAAGAAGUACGCAUUGCAGGACAGGGCAGGACGAAUAACACUGACCAACAAGAACGGAAAUAUGGGAAUAAGAGGUUUUUGUUAUCCGAAAAGUCGUUACUUUUUAGAAACGAAACGAACUGUAAACCGCAACCAUUAUGACAAACCAGUUGAGCGUAAAAUAAAAACAAAACAACUACAAGGUGAUGAUGAGCGAAA